GAGAUUUAUAAUUAUAAAACUUGGCAACACUAGCUGUCAAAACAUAUUUUUUGUAAUGCCUGAAACUUGAAGCUCGAACAACAUUUGAUUUCAUUUCUUCAUGCCCUUGCAAGUUCAUAUUACAAUGGCUCAGAACGCUGUGGAACCAAUGCAAGUGGAUGCGCCGCCUGAAGACAACGACAACAACGAACAGGAAAGUUAUAUCGUCGAAAAUCCUUCCCUGGAUUUGGAAGUGUACGCCAACAGUUAUGUAGGAUUGGCAAAAUUAUAUAGAUUGAUCUACAUAAUUGACCAUUGUCCAUCUCUUAGGCUAGAAGCUUUAAAAAUGGCAAUCUCCUAUGUAAUGACAACAUAUAACGUAAACUUGUAUCAAGUUCUUCAUCAAAAAUUAGCUGAAGUGACCACUUCUAUUAGUGUUCCUGAUGUCGCUGCACCAUCCACCUCACAGGACAUUCCUGUAAUUGAUAACAUGUGGAUGGAAACUAGGUCUAAGAAAGCGGCCCUCAAGUUAGAGAAAUUAGACAAUGAUUUGAAGAACUACAAAUCAAAUUCUAUAAAAGAAAGUAUAAGGAGAGGUCAUGAUGAUCUUGGUGACCAUUAUUUAGACUGUGGAGACCUAUCAAACGCGCUUAAAUGUUACUCGCGAGCAAGAGAUUACUGCACUAGCGGCAAACAUGUUGUGAACAUGUGCUUGAAUGUUAUAAAGGUCUCAGUCCACCUACAGAACUGGUCACAUGUCUUGAGCUAUGUAUCUAAGGCUGAAGGAACACCAGAUAUGUCAGAGACCCAAAACAAGGACACUAAUCAGGUAAUACUCACAAAGCUCAAAUGUGCCGCUGGUUUAGCAGAACUGGCCACGAAAAAGUACAAGUCGGCGGCCAAACAUUUUCUUCAAGCAAAUUUAGACCAUUGUGAUUUUCCAGAAUUGCUGUCGCCCAAUAACGUUGCGAUUUACGGCGGAUUUUGUGCUUUGGCCACUUUUGAUAGGCAUGAAUUGCAGAGGAACGUUAUUUUUAGCAGUUCCUUUAAAUUGUUCUUGGAAUUGGAGCCGCAACUCAGAGAUAUAAUUUUUAAAUUUUACGAGUCCAAGUAUGCAUCUUGCUUAAAGCUCUUAGAUGAAAUAAAAGACAAUUUGUUGCUAGAUAUGUAUAUUGCCCCACAUGUUAACACUCUAUAUACCCAAAUCAGAAACAGGGCCUUGAUACAAUAUUUCAGUCCAUAUUUGUCGGCCGACAUGCACAAAAUGGCUGUGGCGUUCAAUAGAACUGUACCUGCAUUAGAAGAUGAGCUCAUGCAGCUUAUAUUGGAUGGACAGAUCCAGGCUAGGAUUGACUCACACAACAAAAUUUUGUUUGCUAAAGAUGUGGAUCAAAGAAGUACUACAUUUGAAAAAAGUCUGCUCAUGGGUAAAGAGUAUCAAAGGAGGACAAGGAUGCUGAUUCUUAGGGCAGCUGUUUUAAAGAACAAAAUACAUGUCAAAAGUCCUCAGAGGGAAACGACAGGGCAGUCAGGAGAAAUUACAGUUGUGGCCCCUGGAACCAGUUCAGCAUUGUCUGCAAGAUCCUAAGCUUUAGAUUAACAUUAAUUUUUGUUUAGAAUUUACACAACUGUUAUUGGAAGGUUGGCGCGUUUAUUUUUCUUUAGCGAUGAAUAUUCUUAUAAAAAAUCUGUGUUGUUUCAAAUUUUUUACAGAUAUUAUUCAUCACUUUGUAGAAAAUUUGUUACACAUAAACAUUAAAAUAAAACAUUAAUAAAUAA